UAGUGUUGUUUCGCGCAUGCGCAGUGCGCUGCCAGGCAGGCCGGUUAGAGUUUGACAGCCUGAGGAGGAAAAAAUGUCUUCUUCAUUUGCGCUUUGUAUUCGACCCUGGACAGUAAACUAACGUGAAGUGAGACCUCUGUCCGGGUGUGAAUGAGAACACGCUCCAGUUACUGAAGUCUUUUUAUUUGAAAUUGUAUUUAUUUAUUUAAUUUGCGCGCGACACGUUUGUCCCUCAGUGUGCUUGUGUGGUAGAAGAUGCUGCAGUUAGGGGACGGUCUGACCUGCUUCUCGGCCCUGUUCGUGCUCGUGUUGCUCGGCACCAGGAGCGCCGUGUGCUCCAUCGGCCUCACCGCGGUCCUUUAUCUCUUCCUGGUCGUCUUCCGCUUUCCGCAAAUCCCAGCGAGCCGUGCCAGGCAAGUGCUGCGGCCCUCCGGGCUCGCCCCCGGCGGCGUGUCUGUGGUGGCUCACCGUGCCGGUGCUCACGACGCACCUGAGAACACCAUAGCAGCAAUACGAGCAGCCAGUGCGAAUGGAGCGACAGGAGUGGAGCUGGAUUUGGAGUUCACCGCCGACGGCGUUCCCAUCCUGAUGCACGACGAUACCGUGGACCGAACCACCAACGGAUCGGGACCACUGAGCAAGCUGCGUUUCUCUGAGGUCAGCAAAUUGGACGCCGCCGCCAAACACAGAUUCGGGGACCGUUUCCGUGGCGAGAAGGUUCCGACUCUGCAGGAGGCAGUGGAGGAAUGCAUCAGACACCAGCUGAUCAUCUAUUUCGAUGUCAAAGGUCACCCAGAUGAGGCUGCAACGGCGCUGAAGCAUCUCUAUGAGAAAAACCCGGCGCUCUACAACUCCAGCGUGGUGUGCUCCUUCGAGCCCAAAGUCAUCUACAGGAUGAGGCAGGCCGAUCCAGACGUCGUGACUGCGCUGACUCAUCGUCCGUGGAGCCUGAGUCAUUUAGGCGACGGGUCGCCGCGGUUCUCGUCGGCAUGGAAACAGCACUGGAUGCAGGCGUUGGACGUCGUAUUGGACUGGGCGCAUCAUCACCUGCUGUGGAAACUGUGCGGCGUGUCGGCAUUCCUACUGCAGAAAAACUACAUCUCCAUGGACACGGUGCAGUACUGGGCCGAUCGUGGCGUGGAGGUUGUGGCCUGGACCGUGAACACAGCUGUGGAGAAGAACUUCUACCAGCAACAACUGAACAUCAACUACAUCACAGACAGUCUGACAGAGGACUGUGAGCCGCACUACUGACACAAACACAAACACACACCUACACUCUUUUACUCUUUCUCUCUCUUUCUCCACACAUCUUUCAAAACAUUUCAUUUCCAAAGCAAAAGCAUGCAGCGUUUGGCCAUGAAUGAUUCGUUUUUAGUAACACUAUAUAAAUUAAUAAAUAAAGUGAAUAGUGUGCUGUGUUUCGAUA